AUGGCGUAUUAUUCUAUUUUUAAACGGUCAUGGCGUAAAACCGUCGCAUCCCUACACUCAUCUUCAACGCCAGCACUCUGCCAACUCCCCUCUUCAGCGCCAGCUAUCUGCCAACACUCUUCCACAGCAACAACUCUCUGCCAACACGCAUCUUCAACGCCAGCUCUCUGCCAACACCUCGGCACAGCAACAACUCUCUGCCAAUACUCAGCCUCAGCCUCACCCAUCUGUGUCUAUUCCCCUUAA